GAGUCACAGAGGCAGAUGAUAAGUGAAAAAAAGUUUACCCUCUUCAAGUCAUCCUAUAUAUAAGCAGGCACUCACACGCUCACGACACACUUGUAGGAACAGAGGAAAAGAAAACCAGAGACGAGGGGGGAGAGAGAGAAAGAGAGGAGGGUGGUGGUUGUGAGAUAGCCAGCCCAGCCAUGGGAAGGCCUCCAUGCUGUGAUAAGGUUGGCAUCAAGAAAGGCCCUUGGACUGCAGAAGAAGACAUCAUCUUGGUCACCUACAUCCAAGAACAUGGACCUGGAAACUGGAGAUCAGUACCUGCAAACACUGGGUUGAUGAGAUGUAGUAAGAGUUGCCGAUUGAGAUGGACCAAUUACCUCCGACCAGGAAUUAAGCGUGGAAACUUCACCCCGCAUGAAGAAGGAAUGAUCAUCCAUCUACAAGCUGUGCUAGGCAACAGGUGGGCAGCCAUUGCUUCUUACCUUCCCCAGAGAACAGAUAAUGAUAUCAAGAACUACUGGAACACCCACCUGAAGAAGAAGAUCAAAAAGAAUCCAACAACAAUGGACAGCCACAAGACUCCAUCUAAUUCAACCAUUACCUGCAAUGAGCUUAUAUCCAAUGGCUGCAACAGUGAGACCAGAAAUUCAGACAUCUCUACCAGCCAUUCCCCUCUCCUCAAGUCCUAUCACAGCACCUCCAGCUACGCAUGGAGCACUGGCAACAUUUCAAGACUCUUGGAGGGGUGGAUGAGGUCCUCUCCAAAGGCUAAUCUCAAGCCAACUCAAGAUGAACAACAUCAAAGCAUUCAUGCCUUCAACAAAAGCAGCAGCGAUGCUAUCAACCAAGCAUAUGUUCAAGAGGAACUUAAGAGUGACCGAGAAUGCAGCAAUCCUAUUUCACAAGCAUAUAUGAAAUGGGAACAAGUUAAGAAUGAUCAAGAAUGUUGUGGUCCUAUUCCCCACAAAGAGCUUGAGUCAUUGUUCUCGUCCGAAAACUCGGGUGGCAAUGCCUGGGAGAAAUCAUCCGUUGACUCGACAUUCUAUAGGCCACAGUCCGCAUUUGCUGAUGCUGAGGCCAACCAGAGAUUGGACAGCCAACAACGCAUUCCUUUGUCUUUGUUGGAGAAAUGGCUGCUGGAUGAGGCCCCAGGGCAGGUAGAUCUCGUGGAGCUAUCUGCUGACUGUUGCUCAGAUGCUAUGUUGCAAUAGUUACUUAUCAUGCCAUUCUAAUGUCUUUACUAGCAAUGCAUUAGAUGGGUACAAGAUCAACGCAUUAGCUGCCUAUGACUGAUUAAUGUUACUAGUAUUUAGGAAUACUUAAACAAAGUAUUAUGGUAAAUUUGGGGUGCUGAGUUUUAUGAAUUAUCUGAAAUAAAAUCUACUGCUCCAGAUUU